CCCUUAUAAUUGCACUAUCCAUUGUUGUAUAUAAUUUUUUUUUACAAUAUUAAUAAUUUUUACAAAGAAUGCAUAUUAAUUUAACUUGAUUCAUAUAUCGGGACAGUUGAAAAACGACUUAAAAAAAUGAAGAAAUAUAAUAUAUUUCUACUCUUUGUUUAUAAACAAUUGAUGGUAUUACGUUUCCAUUGGAAAUCAUUGAGUGUGAUAAUUACAGCUUUGUUUGGCCUACAAUAUCUAUUGCUUUAUUUUAUGUAUCAGCCAAUUAAUGAAUUGAAACAGUACUCUGAUCCCGAAAGUCCCGAUACAUUGAACAAUGGCUGUUUAUUUGACGUGGAAGUGGGUCAUAAGCAAACAUUCUAUGCACCGGACACUCCCGAAGUUGUGACAUUUAUGGAACAAAUAUGUGGUAGUGACUUAAAUAUACAAACAUUUUCGCAUCGCGAGACAAUGAUGAAAACAAUUGAGGAAUGUAAGGAACGUUGUGAGGGGGUAUAUUUUGAAUUUCCCAAAGUGGGUGAGAAGACUCUGAAGUAUACCAUUUAUACAAAUCGUAUGAAAUUGCGAACGGACCAGAGAUAUGUGACCGAUAGUUUGGAUACAUCAUUUAGUCAAUCACGAGAUUUUAAGGACUUUAUACGACUACAACAUUCCAUUGAUAUGAACUAUAUAGAACAAGUAACAAAUAUAUCACCAGAUAUAACAGUUGAAAUUGGAGCAAUGCCUUUUAUGCGUGGCGGUUAUUUUCAAAAUGAAUCUGGCAUACAGUUUGGUUUCAUCUUUCCCAUAUUUUUUAUUAUAUUGCUGGAGAGUACCUUUCUAGUGCCAUUGGUUGAAGAGAAACAAGAUGGUUUAAAGGAAUUUCUUGUUAUAGCUUCUCCUUUGUCAUAUCUUAAUGGUGUUUCUUUCUAUAUUGUACGUUUAAUUAUGUAUCUGAUAUAUGCUAUAGCUGUUUUAAUUGUGGCAAGUGUUUAUAAUGCUUUAGGCAUUAUACCAGCAGGUUAUGCAUUCAUCUUGAUAUUGCUCUUUAUAUUGGCCUGUAUGUCGUAUACAUAUUUAAUAUCAGUACUUUUUAAUUCGGUCUUUUAUGCCAAAAAUUGCGGUUAUCUAUUGAUAUUACCACCAUUUAUAUUCGCUUAUAUAGAGGGAGCUAUACAAAAUAUAUUUAUAAGGAUUUUCAGCCUAAAUGCUUUUAUCGAUGCUUGGAAUAGUUUUCAAAUAUUUGGCAAUAAGUAUGAAAAGUUUGAAUUUUCGCAUUUAUUUGAACAUUUGACGGAUUGUUCAUUUAGCAUUUUUCAAAUAUAUUGCAUACUAUUCUUUCAAUGUAUAGUAUAUUCUAUACUAUAUUUAUAUCUUUCCUAUAUACUGCCUGGACCUGGUGGCAUAAAACAGCCAUAUUUAUUUUUCUUAAAACCCGAAUUUUGGCAAAAACAAACGACCAAUGAAACGGCUUGUAUUAAUGAUAAUACAGCCGAUGCUAUUAUAGUACAAGAUUUAGAAAAACAAUUCAAAACAUCUGGACGUAACAUCUUAAUAGCAGAUCGUUUAAAUAUGGUAAUUAAAAAUAGACAAAUUACCGUUCUACUGGGACAUAAUGGAGCUGGUAAAACAACCACAAUAAAUAUGAUAAUGGGCAUGAUACCUAAAGAUAACGGUAAAAUUGUGGUCUGCAGUGAACGUGAUGCUACUUGUUAUAGACAUUUGAUUGGUUAUUGCCCACAGCAUAGUAUUUACAUGCAAUACAUGACCUGUAAACAACAUUUGGUAUUUUUUGCUAAGUUAAGAGGUUUGACGCACCAGGAAGCCAAUACUUUGGCCAAUAAGUUAUUGCAACAAUUAAAUUUAACAGAUAAAGCCAAUGAAUAUGGUAAAAAUUUAUCGGGCGGUAUGAAACGUCGCUUAUCUUUGGGCAUAGCCAUAGCAGGAGAAACAAAAAUUGUUAUUUUGGACGAACCUUCCUCUGGCUUAGACAUUGAAUCACGUCGUGAACUAUGGGAUAUACUUUUGGAAUUGCGUAAAACAAAAGCCAUUUUGAUUACCACUCAUCACAUGGAAGAAGCUGAAGUAUUAGGCGAUACCAUAAGUAUACUAUCGAAUGGACGUUUACAAUUGACUGGAUCACCUUUAGAAUUAAAACAUAAAAUUGGUAGUGGUUACAUACUUAAGCUAUGUACUAAUCCCAGUCAAUUUAAUAUAGAAGAAUGCUUAGAGUUGAUAAGAGAGCAUGUACCCUCGGCAAGAGUUCUGAAUGUUGUGCCACCAACUGUUAACAUAAGUUUGCCCUAUGACUAUAGAGAAAACUAUACAAAAAUAUUGGCCAUCUUGGAAAGACAACAUAUACAAUUGGGUAUAAAUACAGUCUCGGUUACCGAUACCACUUUGGAAGAUGUAUUUCUAAAUUCUGUACCGAAAGUGGAACCACCACAUGAUGAAGUCGAUGGUGCUGUUAAUUGUCAUGCUGAUACCAGCAUAAGAGUACCGUAUCAACGUUUGGAUGAAUUGAAAAAUAUUGAUGUUUAUCAACAAUUUCUGGCCAUAGCCUAUAAAAAACUUUUAUUUAUGAAAAAUGAAUGGUUUUUGACAAUAUUUUUGAUUUCUAUACCUUUUAUUAUGACUACCAUUGCUAUCUUGACCAUACAUUUCUCGACUAUUAUGAAACUUGGCAGUGGACUUCAAUUAACUUUGAAUCAUUAUAAGAAUGGCAUUAUUUACAUGAAUGUAGCCGAUGACUCUUCGGCAAAUGUUUUGCGUUUUUCACAAAUUGUAAAACAACAAAUUGAAAGUUAUCCCGGUUUUAAAGUUGAAAAAUUGUCACUGGGUUUCAAUUCUACAGACAUCGAAGAAGAACUAAUUGAAAUUAUGAAAAAUGAUUUUUAUAAUUUCCAACAAAAUGUUUUGGGUACUCUACUAAUCUCUGGGGAGAAUCGACCAACUGUUAACAUACUAUAUUCAGAGAAUAUGAUGCAUAGUUCGGCAAUUUUGGCCAAUUUAAUUGAUAAUGCUAUUUACAUGUGGACAGCAAAUACUAAAGAACGUUUAUUAGAAACCAUAUAUGCACCAUUAGCAGUGCGUGACGAUUCUGCGGGUUCUUUAAAGUUAACAUACUUCGCCACCCUAAUACCUUUUGGCAUGUUUAUGUUGAUGUUUUACUUUGCUAUGCUGCCUUUCAAGGAAAAUCGCAGUGGUUUUAAACGUUUACAAACUAUGUCACCCUAUAUUUAUUGGGGCAGUAUAUUAAUAUGUGAUCUAUUGUUAUUACUGUUAAUAUGCUUAGCUUUUAAUGGUUAUCAAACAGUUAUAAUGCCCAAAGAAUUAUAUGAUUUGUCAGAUAUCAGUAAUGUAACCAUAUCCAUUUUCUUUUAUGGUUUAACAUAUUUGCCCAUAAUCUACUGUUUUGCCAAUAUGGUGACAACACUAUCAGCAUUAUCCACCUGUUUGGUGGUAUUAUUUUAUAUAUCAUUUAUACCACCUUUUAUAGUCUCCUUUUCACUGGCUGAUAUGAUGAAAUUUCAAAAUUAUAUUACAUUUUUACGUUUACUACCCGAUUUCAAUUUGUGCCAACAGUUGCGUAUAAUUAAUGAACGUUUUGUCAAUAAUCAUGCUGAUCAUUUACCCGAUCAUAUACGUCAAGAAUUGAAUAGUAAACAAGUUUUAAAUUUGCACAGUUUUUAUUUUUAUGUCGCUCUAGUAUUUCCUACCAUAAUGUUUAUAUUUCUUUAUGUUGUGGAGAAUAAAAAACGUCGUCAAAUAUUUGGCAAUUCUUUUAAGAUCUGCAAAUCAAAAGGCAAAUCUGAACAAUGCCCCAUUAGUAAUGAAGAAGAUAGAUUUAUACAAGAAGAAAAAUCUAGUGUGGAAAAAAUUAUUAAAGAUAAUGGUGAAAAUGAAUUUCCACUCAUCGUACACAAUCUCCACAAACAAUUCCAACGUAAGAUAGCUGUGCAUGAUUUAAAUUUUGUCGUACGCAAAAAAGAGUGUUUCGGUUUGUUGGGCGUUAAUGGUGCCGGUAAAACAACAACAUUCGAAAUGAUUGCUGCAAAUCAAACCCUUAGCAAGGGUACCAUCAAAAUCGAUGGUAUUGACUUGUUGAUCAACGAACCAGAGUAUCGUUAUCGUUUUGGCUAUUGUCCACAAAAUGAUUGUCUAAAUGAUUUUAUGACUGCAUAUCAAACGUUACGUUAUAUGGCUUUAUUGCGUGGCAUACCAUUUAAAGAUGUAAACGAUGAAGUAAUGUAUUGGCUGGAUAAAUUAGAUUUGGAUAAAUAUAAACAUGUACAGGUUAAACAUUAUUCGGGUGGUACGAAACGUAAAUUACAAACAGCAGCUGCUAUGAUUGGCAGUCCUUCGCUGGUGUUGUUAGAUGAACCCACAACGGGUGUGGAUCCCAUAUCCAGACGUUUUCUGUGGCAAUCAAUGCAAGAUUUUCAAAAACGUUGCAAAACUUUAGUACUUACAUCUCAUAGCAUGGAUGAAUGUGAACAUUUAUGCAAUCGCUUAGCCAUCAUGGCCGAGGGACAAUUCAAAUGUUUGGGUUAUGUUCCUGAACUUAAACAGCUGUACGGUUCAGGUUUUACCAUUAGUAUUAAGUUACAUAGUUGCGAGGCAACACCAGAUGAUGUUGACUAUGUAACCAAAAAAUUACAACAUUUCUUUAUCCAUUCUAAAUUACGUGAAAAUCAUGCUGGCAUUUUAACUUAUUUCAUUAAAUCAUUCGAUAUCAUACAAUGGUCAGAGGUAUUUUCAAAAUGUGAAACAUUCCUAAAUUCCACAGAAGGUGUAGUUGAAGAAUAUUCGGUAAAUGAAACGACUUUGGAAGAUAUUUUCUUAAAAUACGAUACGAAAAAUAAAAGACAAAAUAGUAGUGAUAGCUGCAGUAGUAGUAGUGGUGAUCGUGUCUUAUCGAAUCGAAGUGGUAGUGGUGGUGGCAGUGGUGUUGAUAAUUUGCAUUGCAUCGAAGAAGUUUAGGUAUUAUUGGCUA